CAGAAGAACCAAACAUAUUCCAGCAGAACCAACCAGUUUGUUCUUCUUUUUUUUCUAUCAAUUUCAUUUCAAAAAUCCUCACAGAAGCCUUAACCAUGAAGUACUUUGGAGUAUUAGCAUUCAUUGCAGUCACUGCAACUCUCAUGGCCGUUACAGAAGGUAAAAAUUCUACUUGGGGUGUUAUCGGUCCCAAGGAUAUCCUGCUCCAUCGUGAAAUUGUUUCGUUGGAUUGGAAGUUGUUCCGUGUUGUGUCUCGUGACGUGGAAUUCUAUCCAAGGAAUACUACCCGCACAAUUACCGCAGUCCGCGCUAUAGACUUCUCUAAAGGCAAGAGCGGUGGCUAUGGAUAUUUAACCCGUGGAGGCCCUGGAUUCCGUAAUGUUACCGUUCAUCUUAAAUCUCAACGUGGUCAAAGCUUGAAUAUGGCCGUUGAAAUUAUUGGUUAUUAAUCAAUGAAAGAAGUGAAAAAUUUAAACAAAAACUAAAAUUUCAUUUUAAUAUAAAAAUUUAUUGAUGAAAAAUGAA